UGCUGGCGGGGUGGGAGGUAGACGGGCCGGUCGGACCGGCGACGGACGCUGCGGGCUUAGCCGUCCCUUCCGCGAACAGGAGGCCCGGCGGAGGCCGGCUGGGUAGCUGAGUUGCCAAGCCAGGCAAAACAGUUAGCUGGAAAAGAGAAAAUGUCUUCUGAAUCCUUUUGUUUGGCUGCUCAGAUUAGAUUUGAUUCCAAAUGGCUGAAGACAGACUUACAGCUUGCAUUUACCAGAGAUGGACUCUGUGGUCUGUGGAAUGAAAUGGUCAAAGAUGGAGAAAUCGUAUACACUGGAAUAGAAGUUACCCAAAGUGGUGAAACAUCUCCACGAAAAGAUGAAAGCACUGAAGGCCAGACUGGAUCAAAGAAAGACGAUCAGAAUGACAAAGAGAGGAAAGAUGAGGAUGAUACACCACCACCUACCUAUAGAGCUAAAUCAAUUGUUGAAAGUUGGAUUUGGGGAAAACAGCCAGAUGUCAACGAACUGAAAGACUGCCUUUAUGUAUUAGUAAAAGAGCAGCAGGUUCUAGCCAAGAAGACUGCUACCACAACUCUCUCUGCUCUCAGGCUGAAACAGAGGCUUGCUAUAUUAGAACGCUACUUUAUCGCGUUAAAUAGGAGCAUUCUUCUGGAGAAUGUCAAGGUGAAGCGGAAAAGCAGCAAUAUCCCUUUGCCCAUGGUGGAUAAGAAAAGUCCUAGAUCUGUAAGCAAAGGUGUUGAAGGUCUCGCCCGAGUAGGAUCCAGAGCAGCCCUUUCGUUUGCCUUUGCGUUCCUACGGCGAGCUUGGAGAUCAGGUGAGGAUGCAGAUCUUUGCAGUGAAUUAUUACAAGAGUCCUUAGAUGCGCUUCGAGCCCUAUCAGAAGCAUCCCUGUUUGACGAAGGAACAGUAUCCUCUGUAUGGUUGGAAGUUGUGGAGAGAGCAACUAAAUUUCUAAGGUCUGUUGUAACUGGAGACAUCCAUGGAGCUCCAGGUUUAAAAGGCUCCGGAAGCAUUCCACUGCAAGACCAGCACUUAGCACUUGCUAUAUUACUGGAAUUGGCUGUUCAGAGAGGCACACUGAGCCAAAUGUUGUCUGCUGUGAUAUUAUUGCUUCAACUCUGGGAUAAUGGAACAAGAGAAACAGAUAAUGAACGCUCAGCACAGGGAACCAGUGCCCCUCUCCUUCCUUUGUUGCAGAGAUUUCAGAAUAUAAUUUGUAACAAAGAGAUAAACAAUACAGAAGACGAAAUUCAGGUGUUGGCUUAUCCACUAAGUCCAAAUGAAAAUUUCCUAAGAUACCUAAUACUGCCACAGGACAAUGAGCUAGCAAUUGAUUUAAGGCAAACAGCUGUUGUGGUUAUGGCUCACCUGGAUCGCUUAGCCACUCCCUGCAUGCCCCCACAGUGCAGCUCUCCAACAUCUCAUAAGGCUUCUUUGCAGGAGUUUAUAGCAUGGGGAUUAAUAGGAUGGAAAUACUACUCUAAUGUCAGUGGUCCAAUUCAGUGUGAAGGACUUGCCAGUCUUGGAGUUACACAGAUCGCUUGCGCAGAGAAGCGUUUUCUGAUCUUGUCCAAAAAUGGGCGUGUUUAUACCCAAGCCUAUAAUAAUGACACAUUGGCACCACAACUUGUACAGAGUCUUCCUUCUAGAAAUAUUAUUAAAAUUGCAGCACACUCAGAUGGACAUCACUAUCUGGCUUUGGCUGCAACUGGAGAAGUUUUCUCUUGGGGUUGUGGAGAUGGUGGACGACUGGGCCAUGGAGAUACUGUGCCUUUAGAAGAACCAAAAAUGAUUUCUGCUCUCUCUGGGAAGCAGGCUGGAAAACAUGUUGUACACAUUGCAUGUGGAGGCACCUACAGUGCUGCAAUAACAGCUGAUGGAGAAUUGUACACGUGGGGCCGAGGAAACUAUGGCAGACUAGGUCAUGGCUCCAGUGAAGACCAGACAAUUCCAGUUUUGGUUACUGGCCUGAAAGGAUUGAAAGUGAUUGAUGUAGCCUGUGGGAGUAGUGAUGCCCAGACUCUUGCUGUAACAGAAAAUGGUGAGUAG